GGGAAAAGAUCAUCAGCAGUGCAGUGAGGCAUUCUGUGCCUGACAUCUGGAGUGUGAAAAUCGACGGUGAAGAUCAUACCGUAACCCAUUCUUACACCAGAAACACAUCAUUUAGCUGGUCUGAAAAACAGACCACCGGAAAAAGGGGUUUUAACCCUGAAACCCCAAAAUCUAACCUUAUCUGUUGUUCGCACCUUCUUCUCCCUUUUUCCUCUGAAAGUACUCAACCAAAUACGCCUGCUCUUCAUCCCUGAUCUCGGAGAUAACGUCGCCCUUCUUCGAGGUCUCUCCUUCUUCGUGCUUCGUCCUCGAGCCUCUCAGAUUUUUCGUCUCUGGUCUACAAGGAACGAACCACGGAACCCUUUUCCCCCCAAUCUGAGUAUAUCUUCUGAGAUUUGCCAUUGCCGCUGCCCACAGAGGCCUUGGGAUCUAGGAGUUCGGUACCGGUUGUGUAAUCCUCGCAGGCAAUUCUUCCAUAGAAUUCGAUGAUACAGAGGAUAUUAGACGACUCGGGGGUGCCGCAAGCGAGAGGAUUCGACGUGAAUCGGUUACAGUCAGCAGAGGAAGCCGAUGGGGCUGCAGCUUCUUCGUUCCAGAUGGAUUUAUCCAUGUUCAGAGGAGGUAGCAGCAGUGGCAAGAGAGACAACAGAGGGCUCACCGCACUGUAUAGCUGAAACAAACGGUGGUAGACUGUAUCUCAACAUGUUCACUCUGAAUGCGAGGAGGAGGAGGAGGAAGACACCGUCCAUCUUCGAAGGGCCUAGUGUCAUCCGCAGGGAGCCACUUCACCGCAAGAUUUCGAGGUCUGAACAUGAGACUCUAACCCAGGCUUUCGGAAUUGAAUUGAAUUGAAUUGCAUUGCAUCAAUCCAUUUGCUUUCCUUUUCCAUCUCAUUUACAGAGAGGGUAAAGGGGAGACAGAUUUGCUGCGCCUUCUUGUGAAUUUGGUUAUUGUUCGGUGUGAGAUUGAAUUUGAUUUUGAGAAAACGGCUCAACAAGGGUAAGGGACGAUGGCAGUAGCGGCGGCGAUUAGAAAUGGCGGUGGGAGUUUCCCGGCCCACUUGUUGCGUGGGAGAUGGUUCAUGGUGUUCGCCUCAUUCUUGAUCAUGGCUGGGGCAGGGGCUACUUAUCUCUUCGGCACCUACUCCAAACAGAUAAAAAAGUCCCUCGGCUAUGACCAGACAACUCUUAAUUUAUUGGGCUUCUGCAAGGAUCUCGGCGCCAACGUGGGAGUUCUCUCUGGUCUCAUCGCUGAGGUUACCCCUACCUGGUUCGUCCUCUUAGUUGGCGCUGCCCUCAAUUUCACCGGCUACUUCCUCAUAUGGCUCGCCGUUGUCGGCAAGAUCCCUAAGCCGGCGGUUUGGCAGAUGUGCUUCUUCAUUAUCAUCGGUGCCAAUUCCCAGAACUUCGCCAACACAGGUUCGCUCGUCACCUGCGUCAAGAACUUCCCUGAGAGCCGAGGCGUUAUGUUGGGCCUGCUCAAGGGAUUCGUAGGACUCAGCGGAGCUAUCAUGACCCAGAUGUACCUGGCAAUCUAUGGCGACAACGCCACAUCGCUCAUCCUCCUCAUCGGCUGGCUUCCGGCACUGAUUUCCGUCAUCUUUGUGUACUCCAUCAGGGUGAUUAAGGUGGUCCGUCAGCCCAAUGAGAUCAAUGUCUUCUACCAUUUCCUCUACGUAUCCAUUGCUCUUGCCGUGUUUCUCAUGAUCAUGACCGUCCUUCAGAAGCAGAUUGUUUUCACCCACGCUGCGUACAUCGGCAGUGCCACAGUCGUCUGUGUACUCCUCUUUAUCCCGUUCGGCAUUGCCAUUAGAGAAGAAUACGCCCUCUGGAACCUCAAGAAUCAGCCCAUCGAUCCGCCUUCCGACAUCGCCGUCGUCCAGGAGCCGGCACCGGAGUCCAAACGGAUAGCGGCAGAGCCCUCCCCCGCGCAGAAGAUAGCGGAGAAGCCCAAAACCUCAUGCUGGAACAUCUUCAGGAAGCCAGACAGAGGCGAUGAUUACGGAAUCUUGCAGGCACUCCUUAGUAUCGAUAUGUUGAUUCUGUUCAUGGCGACCUUUUGUGGGCUCGGCUGCUGCCUAACGGCGAUAGACAAUCUGGGCCAGAUUGGAGAAUCCUUGGGCUACCCGGCUCGUAUCGUUAACUCCUUCGUGUCACUUGUAAGCAUAUGGAACUACUGCGGGAGGGUUUUCGCCGGUUUCUUGUCUGAGAUCUUGCUCACGAAGAUGAGAUUCCCACGGACUUUGAUGAUGACUCUGAUGCUUCUCUUGUCCUGCGUGGGAUACCUUCUCGUUGCCUUCCCCUUCCCAGGUUCAUUGUACAUAGCGUCGAUCAUCAUGGGCUUCGCCUUCGGUGCCCAACUGACGCUGCUCUUUGCCAUCAUAUCGGAGCUUUUCGGACUCAAAUACUACUCCACAUUGUUCAAUUGCGGCCAGUUGGCGAGCCCGCUGGGGUCGUAUGUACUCAACGUGAGGGUCGCGGGGAAGCUUUACGAUAGGGAAGCCUUGAAGCAACUGGCACAGAAGGGGCUUGAUAGGUCGGCGGUGAAGGAAUUGACUUGUAUAGGGUCUCAGUGUUACAGACUUUCCUUCAUCGUACUUGCGUCGGUGUCUUUAUUCGGAGCACUUGUUUCCUUCAUUUUAGUGAUUAGAACGCGAAAUUUUUACAAGAGUGAUAUUUACAAGAAGUUCAGAGAGGAGGCGAACACAGUUGAGAAGGAGAUGGCGCUGUCAUCUGCCAAUGCCGACGACAGAGGACGCCGCUGAUUAAGAAAGCGAAGGAGGAGGAGUUAGCAUUCCUGCAUACUUUGUUACAUAUAUAUAUAGUUCAUUUAUAUGUAGAAGGAGCUUGGAAGGGGAUGGGCUAAAUUUAAUCUGUGCGAGGGUGGGUCAUUGGUGGGUGUGGAUGUUGUUCAUGCCUUUCCUUGUAAUUUUUGACUUAGAAAUAUCUGUAAGGAAUUUCUCAUGCAUGGAUAUCAUAAUUACAAUUUGGUAUUCAGAAUCAA